AUGGAGUUCUUCAAUUCAGUUCCAUUCGGUUAUAGAUUUAUUCCAAAAGAUUGUGAACUUAUUGAGCAUUAUUUGAUGAAGAAAAUCAAUUGUGAAAAAUUGCCAACAAAUGAUUUUCAAGAAAUAUGUAUCAAUGAUUAUCAUCCUCAAGACCUUUGUACGGCGGAAAAUAGGCACAAGAGAGGGAACAAUUGGUAUUUCUUCACACAAAGAAAAAGAAAGUACAAAACAGGGAGUAGACCAGAUAGAAGAGUGGAAAACAAAAAAGGAUUUUGGAAAGCUACUGGUGUUGAUGCAGAAAUUAAAAAAAAUAAUGGACAAAUUAUUGGAUACAAAAAGACACUUGAUUUUUAUGAAGAAAAAAAAGAAAAAACUCAAUGGAAAAUGCAUGAAUAUCGUAUUGACAAGAAAAUGGAGUUGGAGAAAUAUGUGUUGUGCGAGAUAUAUAUCAACACUGCGGCUAAGAUCGACGAUAUUGACGAGGACAAUAUCAAUAUUAAUGAUCAAGGCGAUCUGAUUCCUGAAAAUCUCGAUGAACAAAAUUUCGAAAAUAUCAACAAGAAUUUGGAGUUGAAGAGUUCUCACACCAAUGACAAUAUUAUUAUUCGACCCCAGAGCAACAAUAUUGACGAUGUUAGGGAUUCUUGCAACAAUGACAAUAUUAUUGAUCAGGAUGAUCUGAUUCCUGAAAAUCUCGAUGAACAAAAUUUCGAAAGUAUCAUCAACAAUUUAGACUUUGAUGAUGAUCAUUAUGUUCAUGAAUUCAAGGGUUUUGAUGAGCUUGGUGUUAUUUUUCAGAUGAAAAAUAAAAACACUAGCACAUAG